UUUCAUACAUAUAUGUACAUAUAACUGUCGCAACGAAUACACAUAUAUAAACAAUAUUAUACUGUCAUUUUAUUCCAUGUUAUACUUCACGCCUUUACUUAUAUAACAUGGUAUAAAAUGACAGCAUAAUGUUGUUACACAAUGAUGAAAAUAUGUGUAAUGUUUAUCUUAAUUUAUUACUUGAGUAACGUAUCUUUAACUUUAUUGCGAUCAAACUUAAAUAAAAAUGAAGAAUUACAAAAAAAAUUUAAUAAAAUAUUUAAUGGCAAAUACGAUAACAAAAUGUUUCUAAAUAUCGAUGAAUAUGAAUAUCCAAGAGCUAACGAAAGCUUAAGACACCUACAUAGACAGCAAUGGCUAGAUUAUUAUGAAUGUCUGAAGAAAACAUAUGCGAAUAUGAGGCGUGACAGAAUCAUCUAUCCAAGCGCACUCAUUGCACUCGAAGGAACAUCCGUAAUUUUAGAAUGCAAAAUUUGUAUCUCGCCGAUAGAGAUGCACAUGACUUUAAUAGAAUGGCAUUUUAAUCGUACCAGUGAAAGCGGCAAUACUGAAAGUAUGUUGCAGGAUACAGAUCAUAUUGUCAAUUCACCAGAUAAUCGAUAUAUCGUCAUAUACAAUGUCAAAUUAGAACAAGCAGGAAUAUAUUGGUGCGAAAUAGAAAAUACUAUGGGAUCGGUUUAUUAUCUAUAUAUUGAUUGUGAUUCGGAGACGACAAAUGUAUAUUCAAACAGAACAUCUCAUGCAUUACAAACAGCACUGGAAAAUGUGCGGGAAUAUGAGUUAAAGAUUUAUACUACUUGGACAACAUGGAGUCCUUGCUCCGCAUGCGACAUAGUUGGAAUAAAAUUGCGAUAUGGUUAUUGCACAGUUUCUCUCGUAAAGACAGAGCAGAGAUAUCUUGUUGAUAAAAGUGUAUCAACAAUGAAUGAAAUACGACAUUUGGAGCAAGAUAUAAAGAAAGGUAAGAAAAAAGAAGUGCGACUAAUUCCUGUUAUCGAAAAUAGAAAAACUGAAAUUAUGAAACGUUAUUGCAAAAAAAAAUGUCAGAAAAACAUUAUAUUUGAGAUACGUGAUGAAAAAGGCAAUAUUCUAGAAAGCGCAAAUAAUAGUGCUGGUAUAUUUUCUAUGAUUCAAAACAUACCCAAACCAUUAGCAUCAAUUAUACAUAGCGUAAUUUAUGAAAAAUAUAAUAAAAAAGUCAAACUUGUUUGUCCAGGAACACUGAAUGCGGAUAUUCCCAUUAUUUGGAGAAUUAAUAAUAAAAAGAUAAUUCCAUCUCUCAUUAAACUCCAAUCAAAUGGAAGAAUUUAUAUUAAUCCUCAAAUGCAAAUAUUAUUUGAAUCUCUAAAAUUUGAAGAUACUAAUAUAUACAGUUGUUGGCAAAAUAAUGAAAUUGCUGGAAUAAUAAAAUUAAAUGUAGUUGGAGAAACAGAAUUCAAAUUGAAUCACCAUAUUAUCAUCAUUGGUGCCAUAAUCAUAAUUAGUGUAGUUUUAAUAAUGUUUUGGAGAGCAUUCAAAAAACAAAUUCCAUAUACAACAUAUCAAUAAGUUCAUAAAUGUUAUAUAAAUUAAACUGCUUAUUGUUAAUAAUUUAUAAGAUAAAUAUAGAUACAUGCAUGCAAGAAGAAUGGAAUGAACUUGCUUUAAAUUUGAUAUAUUAUAAGUGAGAAAAAAUAUAUUUUAAUAA